GCCAUGCUGCCGGCGACUGGGGCGGGCGUCGGUGCGUCUGCUGCCGAGCUAGACGCUGACACCGAGAGCAUGUCCUCUCCCGGGGAUCCGCAGCCCGCGGCUGGGGAGCAGCCGGGAGCUGGGCUGCACUUGUGGGCGGCGGGAGGCGCGCUGCUGCUUAGCGGGCUGGCGGUACUGCUGGGCUGGGUCUGGCUGCGGUGGCAGCGCGCAUGCGGCAUCCCUCCGGGGCCCACACCCCGGCCACUCGUGGGUAACGUGGGACACUUGCUGGUGCCGCGCUUCCUGCGGCGGCAGUUCUGGCUGGGCCCGGGCGGCCAGACAGACACCAUGGCCUUCCACUUGCGCCUGGCCAAGCUGGCCAGUGUCUACGGCAACGUCUUCAGCUUAUUCAUCGGCCACAGUCUGUUGGUGGUCCUCAGCGACUUCCGCAGCGUGCGCGAGGCGCUGGUGCAGCAGGCCGAAGUGUUCAGUGACCGCCCGCGGUUGCCACUCAUCUCCAUCAUGACCAAGGAGAAGGGGAUUGUGUUUGCACACUAUGGUCCAAUCUGGAAACAGCAGAGGAAAUUCUCCCAUUCGACCCUUCGUCAUUUUGGUUUGGGAAAGCUUAGCCUGGAGCCCAAGAUUAUUGAGGAGUUCCAGUAUGUAAAAGCAGAAAUGGAAAAACACGGAGACGCCCCCUUCAAUCCCUUCCCAGUCAUCAGUAAUGCUGUCUCUAACAUCAUCUGUUCCCUGUGCUUCGGCCAACGCUUCGAUUAUACCAACAAGGAGUUUAAGAAGGUGCUGGAUUUCAUGUCUCGAGGCUUGGAAAUCUGCUUGCACAGCCAGCUCUUCCUGAUCAACAUAUGCCCCUGGUUUUACUACCUCCCCUUUGGGCCGUGCAAGGAACUAAGGCAGAUUGAAAGGGACAUAACCUGCUUCCUGAAAAACAUCAUCAAAGCGCAUCAGGGGUCUCUGGAUGCCAGCAACCCUCAGGACUUCAUCGACAUGUACCUUCUGCACGUGGAGGAGGAGAGGAGCAGCAGCAGCAGCAGCAGCUUCGAUGAGGACUACCUCUUCUACAUCAUCGGGGACCUCUUCAUUGCCGGCACCGACACCACGACCAACUCUUUGCUCUGGUGUCUGCUGUAUAUGUCACUGAACCCUGACGUGCAGGAAAAGGUUCAUGAAGAAAUCAAGAGGGUCAUUGGUUGUGACCGAGUUCCUUCCCUCACGGACAAAGCCCAGAUGCCGUACACAGAAGCCACCAUCAUGGAGGUGCAGAGGCUUUCCAUGGCAGUGCCACUAGCCAUCCCUCAUAUGACUUCAGAGAAAACAGUCCUCCAAGGAUACACUAUUCCCAAAGGCACAGUGGUCAUUCCCAACUUGUGGUCACUGCACAGAGACCCAGCCGUUUGGGAGAAGCCAGAUGACUUCUGUCCUGAUCGAUUUCUGGAUGACCAGGGACAACUUUUGAAAAGAGAAACUUUUAUUCCUUUUGGGAUAGGAAAGCGGGUGUGUAUGGGAGAGCAGCUGGCGAAGAUGGAAUUGUUCCUGAUGUUUGUGAGCCUGAUGCAGACUUUCGCCUUUGCCUUACCCGAGGGUUCUGAGAAGCCCGUCAUGACUGGGAGAUUUGGUCUGACAUUAGCCCCACAUCCGUUUCACAUCACCGUGUCAAAGAGAUGAAGGUGCCCCCGAGAGGAGACAGCAGGCAAGUAUGUGUCCUAGACACUCCGCCAUGCUGUUGAGCGCGGGCCCAGCAACUCAGCGCAGCCAGGAGAUGCUCCGGACGAGAGACUGCAGGGAAAGGAUCCCACUCCAUGGAUGCCUCCUGCCCGCUGGGGAGCAUGGAUGCGGGGUUUAGUUGUGUGGAUUCCACCGGGAGCAGACCACAUCUCUCAGCCUCCAUCGUCCAUGGUAAAAUGUGGGUAGUGAAAUUCCUCAUGGCCUCUGUGCUGUUAGCGAAUAUUGGGCCAUUCAGUAGUAGAUCUGCCUUCAGACCUUUCAGGACCCCUGAGAGCAUGGAAGUGCAUUCAGCACGGACCCUUGGUUGGAAAGGGAUGCAGGUUAUAUUGAGGAAGAAAUUUUUUCUCGUUAAUUUUUUCUGUUUUUUUAAGCAUAGGUUCUAUGUCAGUUUCUUUGGACGUGUCUUAUGAGUAUCUUUUGUGUUAAGGGCUGGGUUCUCUACUUUUUAUAAAGCUAGAGUGAAAUUCCCCUUGCCCUGGACACUGAGGACAAAGAAAAGCAUUCUCUUGAGGUCAUUGUCUACCUGUGUGGCUGCUGUCUGUAACCACGUGAGCAGUGAGCCUGGUGCACAGCCCAGGUCUGCUCUGCUCAGCUGUGUGCAGAGGUCAGCUCUGCUUUGACUUGGGCCCUGGAUGCCGGGCUGGGCAACUUAAUAAUGGAAUUGUGGGACUGGUCAAUCAUUCAAAUGAUUCUGAACUUCCUCCCCUGUGUGUCACCAGCCAUAGUGUGACCGACUUGAAUAGUCUCCAAGACAAGGAGCCAUCUCUUGAUAAGUGGGCCUCUAGUGGCCUUUCCAGGGGCCACAUGGAAAUGUGGGAAAGGAUUCAUCAUAAUGGUGGAUUACUGUGGGCCUUCUGCUGCUGGGAUCCUUACAGUCAACAGUGUCAGCUCAGUGUGCCCAAGUCUGGCCCUUCCCUUGGGUCUCCCACAGUUCUGUGGAAGGAACCAGGGUGAGGAUGUUGAGGCUUUGCAAUGCUAAGGCCCAUAAUUAACAGAUACCAUCUCUAAGAUACUUGGCCUUGUGACUGGAAAGCGCUUUCUGAGCCCCUUCUCAGUGUUGACUCCACAUGGUUCUGAAGCUGUGUCCUCCGUUACCUGUGUCCCUCUCUGUCCCAAUGGACUCCUUGGGACCUGGCUCCGUCCUGCUGCCUCCUCCUCACUGUGCCUUAUCUUGGUGGGUGCCCGGGCAACUUGGGAGUGAAUUAGGGAGGGGUGCCUAAGGGGAAAGCCCAUCUGGGUGUUUAUUGCUGUCACUUUACGAUGAUUUUAAAAUGCAGUAUAAUUUGCCCUACCCAUUUAAGCCAGGGUUUAAAAACACACUAAACUCUUUUCUUAUCAUUUAAAGUAACCAUUUUAGGCAAAUUUAGAACAAUGCCUUAGCUGCUAAAACAUAAUGCAGAGUGAAAGUUCCAGCAUCUUCCCACAGACUUCUUGCCCAGGUGCCCGGGCCAACUUCCAAAUGCUCACAAGGGGGAAAUAACAGCUGCUGAAUAGAAAUCUAAUAUGAGUAAAAAGGAAAAUGUGGUAUAGUGUAUUACCUGCCAUAAUGUUUUCAUAAGUUACAAGCACUUUCAAAAUAGAUACACAAAAUACAGGCUCAUCUUCAGGUCCCUGAAGAUUGUUUUAGACCAGCACACGGAAUGUAGAGGGGCUGGGUGAGGCUGUACACAUUGUGGAUGAGAUGGCACAUGGAUGGGCAUGCUGCUCUUGGAGCAGGAUAGUCUGUCCUGAUUUGAAAUCAUGUGAUUUUAAACCUCAGCAUUUGCAAGGCUCUUCCUUCCUCCUUGACUCACACAUGGAUUUCUGGACCUCCUAACCAAAGACUUCACACCGUACUUGAAAAGGACUUCUGCCUUCUAGGAGAUGACAUCAGAGUCCCAAGUUUAUCUAGCAGUUUAAUACCUUGCCUUGAGCUGUAGCACUUUGAAAAUCCCUUUACACACUUUGCCAUAGAGGGACUGUGCUUUUCACAAAUACUCUGAUAUUUUACAUGUCAUGCUUCAUCUAAAUGUGAAAAUGACUUUAAUUAGUUUUCAGAGUCUAACGAGGUCUAGACCUCAUCUUCAGUGGCGCUCUUAUUAAACCUUUAAUUUUAAUGGA